CAUCAACCCACCUCUUCAAUUGGAUUUCUGCCGGCUCCCGAGUAACAUCAGUAGCUCUGCGGGUUUUCGUCAUCUUUGGAGGGUUGUUUGCCUGUUCAUGGAUAUUGACUGCCCUGACUUAUUCACUCGCCUGGGGCCAUACUGCUACUACUUUUCUGAUGAAGCACUGAACUGGCAUUCUGCAAGGGAGGCAUGUAAUAGUAAGGGCAAUGCCAACAUUGAAGUAGAUCUCGCUGUAUUUGACCUCUUCCCAGGAGAUUACAGCCUCCUAUUUCAUCAUGCUACUCUUCUGGGAAACGAUUCUUGGUGGAUUGGAGGAACAGAAGAGGGCCACCCAGGCUACUGGGUCUGGAUCGAUGGACGACCAGUCGACAUAGCCAAGACCUACUGGCGUCCAGAUGAACCUGACCUCUUUGACGACCAAAAUGUUCUGAUGAUCACAUAUCAGUCAAAUGAGAAAUACCCAAGGAGAAGGCUUGGUGACUGGAUCGCCGAACGUAACCAUAAGUACAUAUGUCAGUUAGGCGUCACAGGAGCCAUUUGAAAGACAGACUAGAUUGCUUGAAAUUUCGAGUCACCUCAACCACAAUUUUAGCAUAAAAAUUACAUCUAAAAAGUAACAUAAUUUUUCAAUCAUGAAUAAUAUCUCUUCGAUUAUGCUCACUAAAUCUACGUAAACUUCUCUAUACACAUUCCUUCUGCAUUCAUUCCUUUUUCUUUACCUUCUGUGAUAUAAUCUUAGGAUCCCUCGGUAUCUACCAAAAGAAUACUAAUCUUUCUGAGUGCAUUUACCCCUUACACGUACUUUGUAAUAGGUUUGCUAUUCAACCAAUAAUUUGUAUGUAUGAGUCCUGGGUUCGAUUCGUGGGUUUUAGGCAUAAUGCCAAGCACUGGGGCAACUAAGGCCAUUCAACGCUUAAACGGGAAUUGACAGUGAAAAGGUUUGAAAGGUGUAACAGGAGGAAAGCCUCGCAGUUGCACUUUGAAUCAAUUGAUAGGAAAGGGUGAAAAAUAAGAUGGAAGAAAUAUGAUAAGAAGGGAGGUACAGUAAAAGGAAUGAAAGUAGUUGCAGCUAGAGGCCGAAGGGACGCUGCAAAGACCCUUAAGUAAUGCCUACAUUGCACCGCAUGAGGUGCACUGACGACACUAACCCCCCUACGGGGACGAGUUCUGGGAAACUGUAAGAAGUGUUUGUAUAGUCUCAAAUAAUCAACAAUCUAAGAUUUUCAGUAACUGGCAGAAAAUUCACUUCGACAAAUUCCCUUUAUUCAUGCUCCAAUGCGACAUAGAAGCUUGAACAAGCCAGGCUGCUUUUGCGUCACUUCUUUUCCAACAAUUCUGAAACCUCUUGCAAAGAUCCUGAAGUACAUCUGCUCUCGAGGAAAUCCCGCAAUCUUUUAUUUUUCUUCAUUAUUUCUCAAUGUCUUUCCUACCAUGCAUAUUUUCAUUUGCUUUACAAUCUACUGGUCUUGAAUUUGUCCUCUGCACUGGUAUUUCAUUACGCUUCUCUUAUCCUCUCUUGGGAUUUUUUUUUUCUCUCUCUCGCUUUUCACACAAUGAACCUUUAUUUUGAGGAAACUUUCUUCUGAAAAGUCAAUAGCAUUUUUGCUCGACUUGAAACUGUGCACUUAGUACAAAUAUUAACAAUAAUAACAAAAACGAUUCAUAAACAGAACGGCUAACGUGAAAGAGCAGCCUUCGGCUCUCUAUAUUGUCUUUAACUUGUUCAUCUGGGAAUUCUAAACUCAUUCACAAAGUCUGCCUUUAUAUUGUACAAUGAGCUCAACCAAUGUGCUAGAGGUGGACCUUUUCGUGACAGGUGCAUAAUAUUUUGUUGAUCAGAUUUUCAUAUUGGUCCUUUAAAAAAAAACGUCUGAGUUUGCAAAAAUGAUAACCGCAAAAACACUGCAAAAAAAACAGAUUUUCAUGCAUAAAACUCAAAAAACUGUCAAACCUCUUCUGUAUUAAACGUGAGCAGUCGCCUAAUGAAUUCCAUUAUAAACCCACAUUAUAAAAUAGCAUUAAAAUAGCACGGUAUUUUAAAUCAGCAUUAUAUCUUCUUUAAAGCCGAACAUGCAGCAAUUUAAAUAAGUGAAGAGGAUGAUAUUGAACACUUAAGUUAAUAAGAGUGUAUUAACUAUACAGUAGAAGCAAAGGCAAUCGGGCUACAGCAGGAGCUCCCUAGAGAGCAAAAUUCACUGUAGAUGCCCGGGAAGGAUAUCUUCUGAGGAUGUCUAAAUCAUAAUUUUCGUUGUUGGAAAAAGAAGGGAACCACCACUUCGAGCAAAGUCAUUCAGAACGAUCUUGAAGUUGCCGAGGUGCCUGACCGGAAACUUCUUUAUGACUGAGUCACUCCAAGCCCGGGCAGGUAUUUGAAUUCGUCAGAAAACCAUAGCGCUCGAAGCUAAAAUCCUCGGGUCACUCCAAUUUCAAAUCGGAGUGUAAGUCGCAGACCCAAAGACCUAUGGUCUCAUAUUCCCGAAGUCUUCUCGAGCCCAAUCCUAGAUCUCUAAAUUUGAAAGCCACUUUACAUUGUAUUUUAUUGACCGAAAUUCGGACGCUGUCUGUAAUGUUCAUGGUCUAGUUUGGUGGUUCAAGGUGAAUGUUUAAAGUGUCAAUCUUAUCGGCAUCUAGAAUAUCCUUUUUAGUCAACUUCUGAAUAUAUGAUUUCAAACCUCCUUUUUAGUCAACUUCUGAAUAUGUGACUUCAGACCUCCUUUUAAGUAAGUCCGGUUUAACGAAAUCCGAGUUAAAAUAUUUAACUCACUCCGACCUCGAUUUUUUAAUUAAUUUAAUUAAUUAUUUACUUAUUCUUUUUUUAUUUAUUUUUUUGAGCGUGUCUGAGACUCAAAUAUUUCGGAUACUAUGACUCGGGUUCGUUACUCUGUGAUCACGUCUACGGUUCAGAGUAUUCAGAAUUGAAGUCUCGGAGUCACUUAAAAGACAUCGAGUCAGUGAACUACUCCGUUUGGUGGGGUGGAAUGAGAUCAGUUGUGGGUUGGUCGCUGUCUGGGAAGGACGCGUGCGCGCAGUCACGGAAGGACUACCAUUACGCGGGAUUUCGUUGAGGUGGAUUUAUUUGUGUGACACAGUCCCAGAACAGCCCAGCUACGACGCCACUGUCUUCAAGCAAAAUACAAGCUACAAAUUAAACGCGAAACGGAAUCUGUCAAGUGAAACGACUCGUCCCCUCUAGAAAAUGCGUCUUCGGUCAUACCUCCAAAAAAAUUUAUGAGGUUCUAGAAGCUUGGUUAAGGAGCAACAAAGGUCGGAGAGUGAUGUAGCAUACUUGAUCCAUACCUCAUCCUGGGGAUUCAUUACACGACCGAAAAGAACCCACAAUGUUCCCCUGCUUUUCGAAUAUCAAAAAGUUACGAUAAAUAGAAAAAAUAUUCUGUACAGAGCUAGUCACUUCAUUUCCGAUGUAAGAAUAUUUUCGAAAUCGAUACCAAAGCAAUAUUGAUGUGAUUACUGGAUCAUUUAAAAACUGCAAUUGGUCGUCUGAAGGUGAUAAUCCCCGAGGAAAUUAAUGUACCAAAUACGCUGAAUUUAGGGGAUCUCUCUAUCUCAUUGGGUGGAAAAACAAAGGAGUGAAAUUGCAGUGUGACAUUAAAUACAUAUUUGAAAUUUUUUGUGAAACUUUUGCCAUUCGCCGAUAAAGGAUAAAUCGGAGGUUUCAUAGGACUCGAUGAAAAAUUAACGUUGAACUCGAAAUUUCUCUGAAUGUAAAAAAAAAAAAAACCAAACCUCCAGUUACUUCUCAACGUGAAAGUGCCUUUACCGUUCCGAAAAUUCCCCUUCCGUUAAUUCCCUCUCUUAGCCUAAAGUGACAAGAGGAGGAGGGAGGCCGCAAGAGCCUCUAGAGGGAAUGUCAGUCAGUGGACACUGCUCUGAAAAAAUAAAUGAGUCGAAUUUCUCCUCGUUGGAAAAAUAUUGAAGGAGAGUGUUUAAAAUAACACCGAGGGGUAUCCCCGCUGCGAGAGGAAGAGAAUAUAGGAAGGAAGGAAGACUUGGGAGACGAAAAGAGAAGUGGGAUGUGGUGAAAGAAUCAACAUCUGCUGAGAAAAUGGUUCCCCUCUUAUUCCUCUAACCGGAGUGAAACCAAGGGGAGAGAGUUGGAGAGAGAGACUCGAGGGGAGGUAGUACUACAAAUCCCCAUCCCUCCUCGCCCCCUGCUGCGAGAUAACUCACACGCUUUGCAAAGCUCAGUCAACUUUAUUAAAUAGUCAACCUGUUACCUAUAAAUUCGUGCCAGUUACCAAAAAAUACUCACCUGUUGACAUAUAAACAUCACAGAACGGUUAGGAACACCUAUGAAUACAUUUCUCAUAUAUAGAGAAAAUAUGUAAUAAAAAAAAGGAAAAAUAGAAAAAAACCACAUAGUGAAGGUACAAAGUUCAUAAUACUUAGUGAAUUCCUAAUUAGCUGAACAAAGAGCAAAAUGGUUAACUGCACCAAGAGGAAGGGAGAAUCAGCGCUCUUAGCGAUGCUGGUGAUGAUAGCGAUGAAUCAGCUCACAUCUGCAGAUUUCUCUACUUUGAUUCGAAAUUCAGUACAGUCAUCUAUAGAGCGACCUGAAAGAGCUGCCUUAGAGCCCCCAACAGUCACCUCUUUAAAACCUCCAGAGAGAAAGACAGGGGGUGAUCACAGCCCCGGAGGCAUUCCAGUGCAAGGUGACCAUAGCGGAAGCCACAUACCCCCAGUGGUUGCCAGUCGUUCCCCCAGCAGCAGCUACCCCAGGAAUUACAAAAACAGAUACUUGCAUGUUGACACCCAUUUCAGUCAGUCUCUGGCACCUGUGGCUACAGCUUCUUCUGGACCCCAAGAUGGCCACUUGGGUGUCAUUGCAGGAAGGCAGUCGCCAUACGACACUCAGCACAGACCCAUAGUGCCACUUCCAACACCUCAUUUAUCAAAUGCAACUACAGUACCGGUCUAUCAUCCACCACACUGGAAUCCAUCCGCACCAUAUAUUCCCAGAAACAGUUAUGGGUCUGCCGGGUAUCCUCCAGUGCCUAGGAGCCGCCCAAGAAAUCCUGCAUUAUAUGAGGACACCAUAGUACCGGAACUACCUUUUACAAGGGGCCAGAAACAUGGGACCGAUCAGCACAAUGGAGGUGGGGUAUGGGGAGAAACAGAUGAAGAACAGUCAGGAAUUUGGGAGCAUCCAAAUCGCCAUCCAGGCUAUUCUCACGAACAUCACAGCAUUAUUGAGGGUAGACUGCGAAAAGAUACAUUUGGUCAUCAGAUCUCUGAGGACCUCUCUCAUUUAAGCGGCAGGCACCCUCUACAAAGAAACAAUGCUAGAGGAAUCAUUACAGAAGAGGAUGAAGAUAUUCACAUCAUACAUCAAAACCCACCGAGUCAUCCACAUUUUCCGUCCCACGGUGUCCGAGAGGAGUCAUCUCCCCCUCUUCCUCGAGGAAGGGAGAACAAUUCGUCUGACAGGUUUGGGAGUCCUCCUGCAACAUUGGGAUCUCAUUUUGGUAGUGGUCCAGCACGUAGAGCAAACAUUCCUUCCCAAGGUCCAGUUACUCAUGGGGAGGUUGAAGAGAAUCAUCAUCAUCGAACUCACGGUUCUCCACGAAAUGGCGGACAUAGAGUUCCUUAUCCUGACUCAGUUUCCACUCCAGAGAGGGGUGUUCGCAGGCCUUUGACAGCUUAUGAUAUUUCGCAAACACACAACAUGUCCACCUGGGAAGAAUUUGUUGAAUUUCUCCAAAGAAGAGGAAUCAGGGUAGGACAAGUAUUGAAAAAAUUGAGUGAUGGUGCAACAAGAGAAGAGAUGGAAUCCUUUUUGAACAGCCCAGACCUGAUAGCACCUCGUCCACAAGAGAACACUGAUGACCACUUAAAAGAUAUGCAGGAAGGGCCCAGAGAUUACACAGAUAUACCUGCAGAAACAGAAGAUGGACAUCAUAGACAUUCUGGAGGAGGCAAUAGAGGUGGUCGGAAAAAGAAUAGGAGAGGCAAAAAUAAGAACAGAGGACGCAAAAACAGAAACAAUCGCAAAAAGGAGAAAAAAGAUAAACACACACCAAUCUUUACUACUCUUGUCACACCUCACGCAGACAUGACUGAUUAUAUUGCACAGGAGAGGAGUCACAUUCAUAAUUUUACCGAGUCACCAACAACACUCUCAGCUUCUUCAAUGCAUGAAAGUCUUCUAAGAGAACACAUAACUGAUGAGCCGCUUAGUUCAACAACAUCACACUCUCCAACAAAGUCUACUCAAAUUUCAAAAGAAUUACCCGAGCACGCUAUUCCUCCCACACAACCCACCACCGAACCUGACUUACAAGUAACUCAAGUUUAUGAUUCUGACAAAGCAACUGAAUUUCCUGUAUCAACUUCACACAAAACAGAGCUCAAGCCAGCUACAAAAACUUUUACUACACCUGUAUCACUGUCAACACUAACAAAACAUGUUCUUGCACCAACAGCUACUUCCCACAUUACAAGCUCACAUGUUUCAAUAUUACCAGCAUUUCUUACCACAGAGCUUAGUUCAGCUGUAAAGACAACACCUCUUCCAAGUCCUGUAAGUCCAAAGGCAGGAAGUUUAACACUUCCUCCAAGUAAACCUUCUGAAGUCUCAAUUAUAGCAUUCACUGUCAUGAAGAUUCCUAAGCAAAAGGCUCAAGAGGAGACUGUACUUAAAGACGUCAUGCCUAUCAACUCAGGACAGAAUAAUCAUAUGCAGCACAAGCAACAUCAUAAUUUUCCAACACAAAGAAUGGGUAAUAGACAAAGACACUAUCCAUCGGUGUCACCAAAGAAAAUUGAAGAGAACAUGGUCAUCAGGACUCCCUACGUCCACGAAGAAAGUAAAAACAAUUACACUUUCCCAGUGAAAGGCUUCAUGAUCAUUACAGGAAUCAUGGGUGCUCUAGCAGUGUUUACCCUCGUCGUACUCAUUUCUUACGCAAUAAUCAAGUGCUCUAAACAACCUGUUGUUAAUAAUUACCAAGUCUCUGAACAAAAGCCAACAACACAGUGAUGGCAAAUCUUUGGAUAAUUUAAUACAUUGGUAUGAGAGUGUGAAUGUAGUGUAUGAAAAUGAUAUAUUGUAUAUUUAAUAUAAUUAUUGUGUAAAGUAGAGAAUAAUACAUAAGUAAUGAUACCUAUGGUGUACAUUGUCCUUACAAAUUCAUUCAGUGAAUGAAAACCUUAUUACUUUAUUUAAAAAUGUAGCUUUUUAAUUCCUGUAUACUUCAAGCAUAAUUUAUUCUACUAUAACUAUGAUAAUCACAAAAAAUGCGCCAAAACGAAAUUUCACAUUUCAGGUGAGAAAGUUUGGACCAAUAAAUGUAUCAGUUUACUUCAAAGAAUGCUAAGUAGUGAAAAUUGUAGUCAAUUCUUGUAACUUAUAUAAAAUUUUAUAGCUAAAAAAUAAAAAUCCUAAAAAAUGU